GCAAUCAGGCCUGCAGCUUACAUCACAACAUGGGAGGAGAAGACAGUUGCUAUAGAGAUUGAGAAACAGCAUUCCUGAGUCACUAACUAUAUUUCCAAAUGAGUGGACCAACACCCCUUUUCCAAAGUAGUGAUCCCAGUUUCUCAGGCUAAGACAGUGAAGAGAGAGGCCUCAUAAAAGGACGAAUAAUGAAUGAGGUUGCUGGAACCUGGAUACUUUUCGCAUGGAAUCUUCUCCAAUCUUGUUUUUUCUACAAAAGGAUUUUUAAUAGGACAUAACUCCUAAGGACUUUGAAGCGGCUCAUGGCAGAUGAGCUGGAGAGAUUUACCAGCAUGAGGAUCAAGAAAGAAAAAGAAAAGCCCAAUUCUGCUCAUAGGAAUUCAUCUGCCUCCUAUGGUGAAGAUCCUUCUGUACAAUCACUUCAGGAUGUCUCUGAUGAGCAAGUGUUAGUCCUUUUUGAACAGAUGCUGCUGGAUAUGAACCUGAAUGAGGAGAAACAACAACCUUUGAGAGAGAAAGACAUCAUCAUCAAGAGGGAGAUGGUGUCCCAGUACUUGCAUACCUCAAAGGCAGGUAUGAGUCAAAAGGAGAGCUCCAGGUCUGCCAUGAUGUACAUCCAAGAGCUUCGUUCAGGCUUAAAGGAUAUGCAUCUACUUAGCUGCCUAGAAUCCCUUCGUGUGUCACUCAACAAUAACCCUGUCAGCUGGGUACAGACCUUUGGAGCUGAAGGCCUUGCAUCCUUGCUGGACAUACUUAAACGACUCCAUGAUGAGAGAGAGGAAUCUGCUGGAAGCUAUGACAGCCGUAAUAAGCAUGAGAUCAUACGAUGCUUGAAAGCUUUUAUGAACAACAAGUUUGGGAUCAAGACAAUGUUGGAAACAGAUGAAGGAAUCCUGCUACUGGUCAGAGCCAUGGACCCUGCAGUCCCCAAUAUGAUGAUUGAUGCAGCCAAACUACUGUCUGCUCUCUGCAUUUUACCACAGCCUGAGGAUAUGAAUGAGCGUGUUCUGGAGGCUAUGACAGAGCGAGCAGAGAUGGAUGAAGUAGACCGAUUUCAGCCUCUUUUGGAGGGAUUAAAGAGUGGAACAUCCAUUGCCCUCAAGGUGGGAUGUCUACAGUUGAUCAACGCCCUGAUCACACCUGCAGAAGAACUUGAUUUCAGAGUUCACAUCCGAAGUGAGCUGAUGCGCUCAGGUCUGCAGCAAGUACUUAAGGACCUGCGGCUGAUGGAGAAUGAAGAUAUGAAGGUACAGCUGGCUGUGUUUGAUGAACAAGGGGAAGAGGAUUCCUAUGACCUGAAGGGAAGACUGGAAGACAUACGAAUGGAAAUGGAUGAUUUCAGUGAAGUUUUCCAGAUCCUCUUGAACACAGUCAAGGAUUCAAAGGCUGAACCACUCUUCCUGUCCAUCCUGCAGCACCUGCUGCUGGUCCGAAAUGACUACGAGGCCAGACCUCAAUAUUACAAGCUGAUAGAUGAGUGUAUAUCCCAGAUAGUGCUGCACAAGAAUGGGGCCGAUCCAGACUUCAAGUGCCGACACCUCCAAGUAGACAUUGAAGGAUUGAUUGAUCAAAUGAUUGAUAAAACAAAAGUGGAGAAAACAGAGGCCAAAGCUAUAGAGCUAGAAAAGAAGCUUGACUCAGAGCUAACUGCCCGUCAUGAGCUACAGGUGGAAAUGAAAAAGAUGGAGAAUGACUUUGAACAGAAACUCCAGGACCUUCAAGGGGAGAAGCAAACCUUGGAUGCAGAGAAACAACAGUUAGCUAGUGAGAAAAAGGACCUGGAGGCUGAAGUUUCUCAGCUGACUGGAAAGGUGACCAAUUUGUCAAAGGAGCUGGAAGAUGCCAAGAAAGGCAUGGCUUUGCUCUCAGCUGCAGUAGCUUCUCCUGUUCCUCUUGCCCCCAGCAGUGAUACUGUUCCCCCAGCCCCUCCUUUACCUAGUGGUAUUAAUGUUCCACCUCCCCCUCCUCUUCCUGGUAGUAUUAGUAUACCCCCUCCACCUCCACCUCCACCUCCUCUUCCUGGUAGUAUUAGUAUACCCCCUCCACCUCCACCUCUUCCUCUUCCUCUUCCUGGUAGUAUUAGUAUACCCCCUCCACCUCCACCUCCUCCUCUUCCUGGUAGUAUUAUACCUCCUCCACCUCCACCUCCACCUCCUCCUCUUCCUGGUAGUAAUAGUAUACCUCCUCCACCUCCACCUCCUCUUCUUCCUGGUAGUAUACCUCCUCCACCGCCUCCUCCUCCCCCUCCUCUAACUGGGGAUUCUGGAAUGCCCCCCCCUCCCCCUCCCUUACCUGGUAGUACUGGAAUCCCUCCACCCCCUCCGCUCUUGGGGGGGCCUGGUAUCCCUCCACCUCUCCCAGGAAUGUGUUUGCCUCCUCCUCCUCCCCCUGCAUUUGGGGGUCUGGGAGUGACUUCGGCUCCAGCUCUGCCUUAUGGAUUGGUUCCAAAGAAGCUUUAUAAGCCAGAGGUGCAGCUCCGAAGGCCCAACUGGUCUAAGUUUGUUGCUGAGGAUCUCUCCCAGGACUGUUUUUGGACAAAGGUAAAGGAAGAUCGGUUUGAGGACAAUGAGCUAUUUGCCAAGCUCACACUUACCUUCUCAGCCCAGACAAAAACUUCUAAAGCCAAAAAGGAUCAGGAAGGUGGAGAAGAAAAAAAGUCAGUGCAGAAGAAAAAAGUAAAAGAGCUGAAGGUAUUGGAUUCAAAGACAGCCCAAAAUCUCUCAAUCUUCCUGGGUUCCUUUCGUAUGCCCUAUCAGGAGAUCAAAACUGUCAUCUUGGAAGUGAAUGAGACUGUUCUGACAGAAUCUAUGGUGCAGAACCUCAUUAAGCAGAUGCCAGAGCCAGAGCAGCUAAAGAUGCUGUCAGAACUAAAGGAUGAAUAUGAUGAUUUGGCUGAGUCAGAACAGUUUGGUGUAGUGAUGGGUGCAGUACCCCGACUUCGACCACGGCUCAAUGCUAUACUUUUCAAGCUACAGUUCAAUGAGCAGGUAGAAAAUAUCAAGCCUGAGAUUGUUUCUGUAACAGCUGCUUGUGAAGAGGUACGAAAGAGUGAGAACUUUUCUAGUCUCCUGGAAAUAACCCUGCUGGUGGGCAACUUCAUGAAUGCUGGCUCCAGGAAUGCUGGUGCCUUUGGCUUCAACAUUAGCUUCCUCUGCAAGCUUCGUGAUACGAAGUCUACUGAUCAGAAGAUGACACUGCUGCAUUUCUUGGCUGAAUUGUGUGAAAACAACUACCCUGAUGUCCUCAAGUUCCCUGAUGAGUUAACCCAUGUAGAGAAGGCCAGCAGAGUCUCAGCUGAAAAUUUACAGAAGAACCUGGAUCAAAUGAAGAAGCAGAUUUCAGAUGUAGAAAGAGAUGUUCAGAAUUUUCCAGCUGCCACUGAUGAAAAAGACAAAUUUGUGGAAAAAAUGACCAGCUUUGUAAAGGAUGCCCAGGAACAAUAUAACAAGCUUCGGAUGAUGCACUCUAACAUGGAAACCCUUUUUAAGGAACUGGGUGAUUACUUCCUUUUUGAUCCUAAGAAAAUAACUGUGGAAGAAUUCUUUAUGGACUUAAACAAUUUCAGGAAUAUGUUUCUGCAAGCAGUCAAGGAAAAUCAAAAGCGCCGAGAGACAGAAGAAAAGAUGCGCCGAGCAAAGCUAGCCAAAGAAAAGGCGGAGAAAGAACGAUUAGAGAAGCAGCAGAAGAGAGAGCAGCUGAUAGAUAUGAAUGCAGAGGGUGAUGAGACCGGUGUGAUGGACAGUCUCUUGGAGGCCCUACAGUCAGGUGCAGCAUUCCGAAGGAAGAGAGGACCCCGACAAGCCAACAGGAAGGCUGGGUGUGCAGUCACCUCUCUACUAGCCUCAGAGUUAACAAAGGAUGAUGCCAUGACUACAUGUUCUGCUAAGGUGUCCAAGAUCAGUGAGGGAACCCGAGAUAUACAUGAUUUACGUGAUGAAAAUAAGGAACUGAUUGGUCGUGCAAGCUAGGCCUGAGCUUUGCAGCAACAUUGGCUAAAGAGCUGAGCUCAAGGCAGCCCUGCCUUGCAGCAUGAGCCUAAGGGGUCAAGUGGAUUUUCCUCUAUGGCAGCCAACCUCCCCUGCCUUCUUUCUUUGGCCUGCUGCUCUCUGUAUAGCAUACACAGCUUCAGCUGUCUGGAGGCAAGAAGGAAAGGACACCGAGGAAGAAACCCUGAGCACCCACUCAGCACUGGCUGUUGCAUUACCAAAGCAGGGACCAUCUUAUGCUGCCUUAACCCUAACUGUCUUUACUUAGUUACUGUGGUGCCACACCUCAGGCGGUGCCCAGCCUGCUUUCUCAGUCCCUGGCUCCAAAGGGGCCAACCCCAAGGUCAAUCUUGCUGGAUUAGUGUUCUUUCUGCUAUCUUGUGCCCUGCUGUGGCUUCUCUAACCCGAGGAACUGCAUGGGGCUCUUGAACUUUCUGACUGUAUUCUUAUAUUGCCUAUCAUUGCUGCCAUCCAUGCUUUUUUCUCCCCUUCUCCAUUUGCUAUUGAUAUUUAUUGUUUAUGGUGAGGUGUUGGUUGCUCCUUCUAAAGAAAUGAAGAGUAGCUUUCACCCUCCCCCCACCUCCAGAAAAGGGCCCUUCCUCCCAGCUUCACAAAGCAAAAAGGACUGGACCACUAAUAUCCAGCAUGAGCUAGAGCACCUGAGGGGAAAUGGUCCUAGAAUCUGGGCAUUGCUGGACUGGGCAUCAAGACAGGACAGCCUCCCCAUACUCUCAACUCUACAGAGUGUCCUUGCUUAUUGUCCUACCCUACCUUUUCCUUCUGUACUUGCCCCGUCACUACUAAUACCCACUGCCCUUGUUAUUCUUAGGGCCAUGGCUCACCCUCCCACCCUAAGUUUCAGCUGUUAUAUGGCUGCACAAGGCCCCUACCCUCUCUAAGUUUCCAGGGAAAGGGGAGGCAGAGCCUCCUGGCUAAGAAAUCGUUUUGCAAAUGGAUCUAUUUUUGUAUAAGAUGUUGUUUUUUAGAAAAUAUACAAAAAAAAAAACCCUCUUCCCUGUUUCCUGCCCCCUCUUUCUCCUGAAUGUGAGGGUUCCUGGAAUUUCUCCCCUCUGCUUAUCCUCAGAGACCAGGACCCACCUCACUGCCCUCAUCUGAACCUCUUCCAAUUGGUAGGUUCAAAUUCCAGGCCCCAAGAAAUAGUUUUGGAUUAUUAAUUUCUGAGAUUUGUGGGUGGCUUGGUACUUAUUCCCUGGCCAGAUUAGGCUAGGGCAAGGAACUGAGAGGACCCAGGUACUGCUGAGUUUUUAUAAAUUUAAUAUAUUUGAAGAGCCAAAUGUGCAAAUGUUAACUGGGCACCAUGAGGAGGGAGGUCCAGAUUAAGGGUUGGGGGGAUCAUGUGAGUUUGGAUGCUCUGUAGGCACUGUGCCCUAAUUCUGCACUGGAUACAAAUUUUGUGCCAUAUCCCCUAGCAAGAUAAAGAUUCUUAGAAUUCUCAAAUGCAGGGGAUUAUCUUGCCCCUCCUCAUGUCCCCCUUUAUUACCUUACUCACAGAUAGGAAGAGCAGAGUGGGACCCUCUAAAUUUAAUCCCAGGAAUGGUAGUUGGUGGGACAAGAGGAAAGGUUAAAAGGAAGGGCCUUCAGAAGAACACUGGAGGCCUCAAGGGCUGAAAGGGAAUUCUGGGAGUUGGGAAGGUCCAAAAUCCUGGAUCUAGGUCUUGGGGCAACAGCUGUUGCUGUGAGAACUUUUUUGCAGAUGCUGUGGUAUAAGGAGUACUUACUACUCCCUUUGUCCCUCCCUGCUGGCUGACAUUCAGGCUUUGAGCCUUUCUUUUUUUAAAUCACUUUUGCUAAGACAUAUUUGAUAAAAAAAAAUAAACAAAUAAAGGGCAAGAUACAAAUCUAUUUCCCUUGCCUUUUGGGCUUCUGGGACAUGUCAUCGCCUCUGAUUUGUUGGGUUUAUUUGUUUCAAACUGUUAAUAAAGCAUUGGAACGGUA